AUGCAAAAUCAAAAUGUUGAUCAAAGAUCAGGAGAAGAAGGAAAUAAUAAUGAGAUCAAUGAGCAAGUUUUUGAGGAGUUAUUUACUUUUGCCAGUAGCGAUAACGAAGUUGUAAAAAAGGAAAGUUUAAAAAUUAUUUUAAGCUUGUUAGAGGAAAACGAAAUAAUAGAUUACAUUAUAAAAAAUAAGAAAAAAUGUUUUAAGGUUUUUAUUACAUCCUUAAGCACGCGAUGUAAGAUGUUGGCUCUCGAGUGUUUGCUGAAUUUGUCAGCCCACUCCCCGAAGGAACUGAUCGAGAAGAACGUAAUUGAAAUACUAUUUGAUAUGACCAAAGAGGAGGAGAAGGAUGAAGAUAACUAUGUAGACAUGUACAUAAUGAUUCUUUCGAACUUGAGCAGAUGCAAAGAAGGUAUUUACAAGAUACUAGAUAUAAGAGAAGGUAAUAAUAAUAAUACUUUAAAGGAAGAGAACUUUUUGGCUAGCUAUUAUUUAAACAAAUUAUUUUAUUUCUAUUUCUUACCGAUAAAGCCAUCUAUAAAUAAACACAUGAAUGACAAAUAUAUAUAUGUUUCACAUAUACUAAUAAAUAUAAGUGCCUUAAAAGAGGGUAUACCAUAUUUUAAAAAUAUUGCUCUUUUAAAUAAAAUUAGCGAUCAGGUAUUAUACAUAGACAGAUUUAGAGCAAUAUUACCAUGCAUUAUAAACUUAUGUUUAAAUGAAUCUUUGCAUGAGUAUUUGUUUCACGAGAACUGCGUUUUGUUUCCGUACAUGUUUUCGUACAUUUACACAAAAGGUAAUAAAGCCCCUGAGAAGACGAAAGAGAAUGGUACGCAUAAAGUGAAUGGCGUAGACAAAUCGAAUGAUAUGGAUAAAAUGAAUGGUACAGAUAAUGCAGAUGGUACGGAUAAGGUAGAUGGUACGGAUAAGGCGAAUGGUAUGGAUAAGGCGGAUGGUAUGGAUAAGGCGAAUGGUACGGAUAUGGCGGAUGAUACGGAUAAGGUAGAUGGUACGGAUAAGGCGAAUGGUAUGGAUAAGGCAGAUGGUACGGAUAAGGUGGAUGAUACGGAUAAGGUGGAUGAUACGGAUAAGGCGGAUGGUACGGAUAAGGCAGAUAAUAUGGAAAAAGCGAAUGAUGGCAUAAGUGGAGAAGCUCGUGGUGAUGGAAAUAUCGAUGAUAACGAUGCUAUAAAUGGCAGUGAGAAAAACAAUAUAUAUGAAAGUGUAAACGGGCAUGUAGAUGGCAGUUCAAACGGUAAUGUAGAUGGAAGGGCGAAUGAUACCGUUAAGGGUAGUUCGAAUGAUAAUGUUAAGGGUAAUUCGAAUAAUGUUCUCACUAAAGGAAAGUUAUAUGAAAGUAAGAACGUGCACUACCUUGUUUUGGAAAAGGCAUCACUGCUGGUGGAAUGCUCAGCAAUUAAAAGUAGAAUCAUUAUAAUUCUAUUGUUUUUAUGCAAAAAGGAGAGUUCAAGGAAUAGACUACGUAAAUACGGCAUUAUUGAUAUUUUGAAAAACUGGAGGGAACGCGAGAAAAAUAUAGAGAUAAUAUCUGAUAUAAAUGGCAUGAUCAAUAAGUUUACGGAAGGAGCACCCGUCAAGCUUUUGGUUGAAGAUUAG